UCCUUCCUUCUUUCCCUUCCCUUCCUGAAACCUUUGAGUGAGACCAGAAGGGUUAAGACCGAAGAGGAAGACUGGGAAAAGACCUUCCUUGUUAGAACCUGGAAGUCCAGGAUGCACCCCCAGCUCCAGACCCCACGUUCUCCGGGCUAGCCUCAUGCCUGUGGCUGCGUCCCGGUCAGUGUCCAGGGCUCCUGUGGAGGGAUGACCUUCCAAGCUUCCAACUUCUCUUGCAGGUCCCUUCUGGACCAGUUACAGAACCUCCAGGGUCUCUUCACCCAGACGUCCACCAAGGCAGUCCAGACCAGCACAUGCCUCGUGAUCCUCCUCGUCUCCUUCGGCCUUUUCAUCUGGCCCACCUGGGCCUCGUUUUACGGUGCGUCCCAGGUCGGCGGAGGGAACCCGGAACCGUCAGGAGUCCUUUCCCGAAAUAUCUUGACCCAAAAGGAAGCUUCUGAGCCGGGGACACCGUCCGCCGCCCAUCAUCUAGAAGUGCCCCUCGUUCAAGCGGAAUUGCGCCCGGAACUCCGUACCACCCGCGUCGGCGAGGACGUGAAAAACCUCCCUGUGGUGGGAGAGACAGCCGAGGAGGCAGGAUCUGAACCCCAGAUCCAACCGAAGGAUCGUCGGCGAGAAAAGGCCACCAGGCCCGACCUCGACGAGAUAUGAGAUAUCCCGGCAAAAAUGAACUGCAACGUUUUGCGUCUGGGAAGCUUUACGUUUCGAAACAAACAGCAAAGGGUACCCCAGAGCAUGUGCAAAGGGCCUUCCCCCCACUGCCAGCAAGCAGCAGUCAAUCCGAGGGACAGUGCCGGCUGCCUGAAACCCAAAGCGAUUCCUCUGCCAAGCUAGAUUCCCGGAGUUUUCUUUAACAAGAUUUGUUGAGCCAGAAGAGAAAAAGACGACGUCUCCAGGAUUCCCAUUUCUCCGAAUCUUUUAUCCCUCUCAAAACCGUCUCAGACACCGGGCGCGGGGUUCAAGGAGUACAGCUCAGUGGUUGAAACACGCCGGACAAUAAUACCCACGUCAACUCAUAAAGUUGCCAUGGUGAGGAAAGCGGGAGGGGGGAGUGCAUUCCACGGAUAUUUUCGGCUAGAGUUGGAUCUCGGAUUACUUCAGCAGGCUUGUGAGGGGUUCGUUGGGGGAAUGUGAUUUACGACACAGAGGGGAGGGGAGGAACCUGGGUA